UAUUUAUAAACACUUCCGGGAUUGCAACGAAAUCACGAACUAAAAUGAUUCAUGUAUAACACUGCGUUGCGAAAUCUAUUUCUUUGUACAAAUGGGUAUAUAAAAAGUGACGUUUGCUUUCCAUUCCGAACGUCGUUAGCGAUGUCGACUGCAGACAUGAACCCUACUAACGAAAAACAGUGUGCCAGCCCAAAGGCUGAGGAAAGCACUCGGGGAGCAACAUCUCUCGAAGAAGCAAAACAAAAAUACGAAUUCUUCUGGAAAAUUCAUUCUCCCUUCAGUCAGUGGUACCCAGCAAGUUUCGAGGUGAAUGGUCAGAAGUACAACUGUGCUGAGCAGUACAUGAUGUACCAGAAAGCAGUGCUGUUUGCUGAUGAGGAAAAUGCUGCAAAAGUUCUCAAGACACAGGAUCCUAAACAACAGAAGUCCCUUGGUCGGAAAGUGAAGAACUGGGAUGAUAAAACAUGGAAGAAUAACUGCCACAGAAUCGUAGAGGAGGCGAAUGAAGCCAAGUUUGGUCAGAAUGAGGGCCUGAAGAAACAGUUAUUCGCGACAUACCCCAAGACUCUGGUAGAGGCCAGUCCGGUGGAUAUUAUAUGGGGGAUAGGGUACGCGGAGGACCACGUCAACGCCUGGGAUGAGAGGAGUUGGAGGGGGACCAACUACCUGGGGUUUGCCUUGACAAGGGUUAGGGAGAAACUGAUGAAGCAAGACGAACUCAAAUGAACAUUUACCAUAAUACCUCUGUAGUACCAUCUCUCAGCCACAUGCUUGCUGCAUGACGGACAACCAGCCCUAGAUCAUGGUGACCAUGGUGACAAGCGUGUUUCAAAGUGUUGCUAG